AUGGCCAGAAAAACCGCAAAAGCUAACGUCACACGUAAAAUUAAUGAGAUCGCCGAGUUAGUUAAAGAUAUUAAUAACUUGGAACGUGUUCAGAGCGUAUAUUACGAUUUUGAAGAAUCUUUAAGAAAAUUUACUUUGGCACAUGGAAAUUAUCACGCAAAUUUAACUGAUGAAGAUGACGUACAGGAAUCGGAAACUUAUUAUAGUGUUGAAGUACGCAGAACAUCUGCAUUUAAAGAUAGGAUAAAAACUUGGCUUGAAAAUAACGAAUUCUGUCAUAAAAACAGAACUGAACAAUUUAAUGAAAUUAGACCUAGUGAUUCUGUGAGUAAUAUUGGCAGUCGCACAGACUGCGGUUCAAAGUCUUGA